UUAUCUUUGUAAAAACAAAAGGUGUUUUCCUUAGUUCUCCUUUGGGAUUUAGAUGUUUCCCUCUGAUCAAAAGUUACCAAAUUUACAAAAAAAAUACUUCGAAGAUGACCUUUGAAGGAAAUGCAGAUGGAAAAUGGAGUGAGAAGAAAAUGGAAGAAGAUGAUAGUUUGAGAACUGUGGAAUGUCUAAGAGGAAGAUUGCUUGCUGAAAGAGUGGCUUCAAGAAGUGCAAAAGAAGAGGCAGAUAUUAUAGGAAACAAGCUGAUUGAACUGGAGAAUAAGUUGAGAGAAGAGACUAAAUCAAGAAACAAAGCUGAGAAGAAGCUUAUAUUUCUAUUAAAGAAGCUUGAAUCCAAGAAUAUAUCUUAUAAUAUUUCAGAUGAAAUAUCAGUAACAUCUACAGAUAAGGUUCAAAAUUCACAAGACACUGAGUGUCAAGAAUCUGUUGGGAGUACAAAAUCUUGCUAUGAAAAUGUUGAAAACAACAAUUGUUUAGAGGUCAUUGAGAAGAGAUCAAAAUAUGAAGAAAACUCAGUCAAUUUAGAGAAAGAUGCUUCACAAAUGAGUACUUCUAGCCAAGAUAAUAAUGAGAAUUCUUCAGCAAAAGACCAUUCAGCAAAAUCAAGUGAAUUUGAAUUCUCAAAGUCAGAUUCCACUAGUUUGAAAUCUUCAGUUGAGGAGGAAGAGAAAAAUGGAGGAAAUCAAGAGGACAAUUCAUUGGCAUUAGUUCCUGUGGAUCUUCCAAAGACAAAGCAAACUAUUGAUCCAAUUGUUCUUGAUGCUACAGUGAGAGAAGUUCUUGAUGCACUGAGGCAUGCUAAAGAGAAAAUUCAGACUCAAAUGCAGAGAAGCCAAAUGAUUAAAUCUAGUUAAGCGCUAUGCAGAGUCAAAACCAGAAUUUGAAGUUUAUGAUGGGUCGGGGAUUCUGAUUCUUUAGAGUAAU